AGCAAAGUUCGGUCAAAGUUGUGAGCGGAAGUACUAGUGAAAGAGUACCAGUGCUAGCAGUGAUAAGAGUGUAAAGUUAGCAAUAGUGUUGUUACUUAGAUAAUACGCAAUAAUGGGUAAAGGUCACUGUCUAACCCUGGCGGUGAUCAUUUGUUUGGCGAAGGUCUGCUACAGCGAUGAUACCAGCGACAGUCGGCCGAUAGUGACCCAAACGUGGGUCGAUAAGCUGAAGAAAGAUCUGCUGGCCAAUUAUGAUCGCAACCUACGACCGACGCAGCACUACAACGUGACAUCGGUUGAUUUGAAGAUGACCAUCCGGCACGUAGACAUUGACGAGGAAACAUCGAUAUUUUCUGUCUACGGAUGGGUGAAAAUGAACUGGCUUGAUCUGCGCAUGCAAUGGACACCCUCGGAUUACGGCGGACUGGACUCGCUGCUGAUCCCAAGCUACUACCUUUGGGAUGCCGAACUGAACAUCCACUCGACGACGCUCGAAUCAGCCGGAACGACGUACUAUUCCGCCACCAAGGUGCGAGUGGACAACCGGGGAAACCACAGCUGCACCGUACGGGUCAAUUUGAAGACGUACUGCGAGAUGAACUUGCGUCGCUGGCCGUUUGAUUCGCAGCACUGUUCGAUAGUGCUCGGGAAAUCGGUUCUUCAACAGGAAGAUUCGAUUCAGCUUAACGUCCUGCCCGGUGAAAUGGUCCAAUCGUACCGUAACAACCCUAGCUGGAAAAUAAUCGACCUAGUCACCGAAUACUACGCAAAUCCGAUGGAGGAAGAUCAUUCGAAUUUCGUGGGUGUGCAGUAUGGUGUUGUAGCUCGUAGGAUGGUGAAAAUUUUCCACAGUACAGUGAUCGUGCCGGCUGUUGUGCUGAUCCUGCUCAGCCUGGCAAGCUUUUGGCUUCCUCCUGGCUUUGGGGAGAAAAUUCUUCUCAACUCUAUCAAUGCAGCUAUCGUUUGUGCUUUUCUGGUAUAUUUCACGAUGCACCUUCCACUGUUGGCUACAAGAACACCGCUCGUGGUACUGUUUUUCAGCAAUAGUUUGUACUUGAUCGCCUUUAGCUUGAUCGCUUCGGUGAUUACCGUACACAUGGUUAAGGCGCACCACAGAAAACCCGUGCAUCCGUACGUUAAAGCGUUCCUAGUUCUACCCGGAGUACAUUUGCUUGUUUGGAAUGGAAAAGAUACUAAAUCUGUAACAGAGGAGGAUGACUGGAAUGAAGAGUUGAAAUCGGAAAACGUGGGACGUGAACCCUGUUCCUCUACCGGAGAAUCAACGGCAGUGACGAAUGCUUCGUACCAAAAAGACUGGAUUAGAUUCGCCUUAGCACUAGAGCGCAUUUGCUUUAUUAUUUACGUGUUUUUGUACAGUGUUAUGGCGGCUUGCUACUUAAAUUAGAAUUAUCAAACUAUGUUUUCUAGUUCGAUUGCAACUAAUAAAACGAAUA